AAUCGCGUUUCCUUUGCGUACAAAUUUUCCUGAAGCACAGGAGAGGAAAUGAGAGACCGCGGGUGUUGCUGUUACCUUUAAUGACUUUGCGCAGUCCUUUUCUUAGCUUGCUGUGCUGCUAAGGAAUUCGAAAAUGUCAAAGCCUUCAACCCCUGUGCGUCGCUCAAAAGUUGGGCCGGGUAGGCCAGGCAGCGCCGGCAGUGAAAUUCCGUUGACGGCCUCGAUGGAAGUCCUGCCACCUGACUCGCGCGCAAUGCCGCUGCUUGACGGUUCCCUCGGGCGGUCAGAAGACUUCCAUGGCAGCAGCAACGGCGCCAGGCCACGUGUGCCGGUGCCGCUCAGCAGGACGCGCAGCACGGACGGGCGGCGCAGCUCCGCGGGCCCUCACGAGGUGAUUCCGCUCACCUGCACCUCCACCGGCGGCGGCAGCGGCGGCAGCCGGGCUUCCAGCAGCCACAUGCAGCCGCUGCUGCCGCUGCCAGCCCACUCGCCGGGGCCGGGCGCGCUGGGGAGCAGCAGCAGCUCCGUGGCGCAGGGGGGUUAUCCACCUCACCCGCGGGUGUGCUCCCCCGAUCGCCCCGAAACCACCAUGUCGCAGGCCUCCUGCCGCUUCAACCCCGUGACAGAGGGUGACGACGAGGAGAACCCACGGAUGCAUGUGCGGGACGGCCAUGCCGGGGCAGCAGCAGCAGCGGCGACUGUGGGGCCCCGGAGCAGCCGCAGCAGCAGCAGCGCCCGGCGCUACGAGGCUGCACUGGCUGCGUCCCAGCAGCAGCACCUGCAGCAGGGGAG